AUAUCUACACAGCACAGCUUCUCUCAUUGACUGUUCUGCUGCACCCAAUCAUGUCCUCAGUGUCACUCAGCUCUCAGCUGGACAAGGUUCAGCUGCAGCGCUACCUUGCCCUGCCCCAGGGUGGCCUGUGUCUGGUGACCUACGUCUGGAUUGAUCACACCGGAGAGCGUCUGUGCUGCAAGAAUCGAACACUGGAUCGUGAGCCCAGCAGCAUUGAGGAUAUCCCAGAGUGGAAUUUCGGCUCCCCCACAUACCAACCAGAGGGCUACAAAGGUGACAUGUACCUGAUCCCCGUGCGGAUGUUCCGGGACCCCUUCACCCGUGACCCCAACAAGCUGGUCCUCUGUGAGGUGCUCAACUGCUACCACGAACCUGCAGAGCAAAACACACGAUUCACCUGCACUAAAGCAAUGGAGGCAGCAGAGCAUUUUCAGCCUUGGUUUGGGAUGGAACAAGAGUACGUCCUGCAAAGCAUGGAUGGGCACCCCUACAGCUGGCCCCAGGGGGGGUUCCCAGGACCGCAGGGCCCAUACUUCUGCGGAGUGGGCGCGGGCAGGUCGUUUGGCCGAGACAUCGUGGACAGUCACUACAAGGCCUGCGUAUACGCUGGAGUGAAGAUCUUCGGUACCAACGCAGAAUGCAUGCCCUCUCAGUGGGAGUUCCAGGUGGGCACGUGUGAAGGUAUAGAGAUGCCGGACCACUUGUGGAUGGCUCGCUUCCUGCUGCACCGCGUGUGUGAAGACUUUGGGGUGAUCGCAAACCUGGACCCCAAACCCGUGCAGGGAGACUGGAGCGGGUCUGGCUGCCAUACCAACUUCAGUACAGAGGCCAUGAGAGAAGAGGGAGGGAUGAAACACAUAGAAGACGCCAUUGAAAAGCUGAAAAAGCGCCACGCCCACCAUAUCUGCUGCUAUGACAUGCACGGUGGCGAGGACAACAAGCGCAGGCUGACAGGCGUCCACGAGACCCCCAGCAUCGACCAAUUCUCCGCAGGCACCGCCGACCGGGGUGCCUGCAUCCGUAUCCCACGUCGCGUGGGCAAGGAUGGCCAGGGUUAUUUUGAGGACCGCCGCCCAGCUGCCAACUGCGACCCCUACAUGAUGACAGAGGCCAUCGUCCGUACCUGUCUGCUGGGGGAGACUGACAGUGACUGA